CUGAGUUUGGCCUCGACGCUUGCAUCGCCUUAUUAAUUUAUCUUUAGAUAAUGUAAGAAGCCAAUUAUUGAAAUAUUUCUUUUUAAUUUUGAUUCAUUUAUUUUUAUUAGGCGAUUGUGCAUCUGUUAAUGCUGAUUCCUGGCAUCAGUUAAAUAUCAGAUUAUAAGCAAAUUUGUAUUCUUCGAGUUUAUAAAAAUUUUGGUACGAUUGUACUUCAAUAUGGCGAACCGCGACAAAGGACGCAGAAAGUGGGGAGGAUUUUUACAAGAGAACACAAAAUUAGAAAAGGAUAAAUCAAUGGGAAUGCGAGGUGGAGGAAACAGAGCAUCUCAAGCUUUGUAUAGACCAGGAAGUGGACCUCUUCGAAAGUCUGGUAGAUCUACAGAUGAUUUAGAUAAUGAGAAUAUAUCACAGGAAAAACCGAAAUCAAGCUCCGUCCAAUAUCGUUUAAAACAAUCACAAUCCAAUAGAUCCAAUCAAAUGCAAAAUAGUCCACCAUCAUCUCAAGUUGAAAAUGUAACAGAAAAAUUAAAUGAUUUAAAUAUUAACUACAAAAGUUCUACAAACAUUGAGCAGGCACAAGAUUCUUCUCAGAACAGUAAUUCCGGAGAUUCAAGAAAAAAAUCUAAGAAACCAGAACAGCAAUUGUACAUACCUAAAAAAGUGAAAGAAGCAUUGGCCGAACAGGAUGUAAUAAAUAGAUCUCCCAACCAAGGGGGUUGGGAUCGGGAUCAAGAGAGAGAACACAGCGAAGAUCGUGAUUCUCAUUCCAAUCGUAGCUAUAAAAGUGAUAGUCACCGUAAUCGUUCAGGUGGCUACAGUGGACGAGACAAUGAAAGUGGAAGUAAAAACAGAGAUGAUCAUGGCAAAAGAUAUUCGGGUAAUCGUCGAAAUCAUCGACAUGGCAAUGAUAACGAAGAGCGUUGGCGAUCUGACUCUCCUUUGUCUAGUAGAAGUUACGGAUGUCGCAAAGAUAGCUCUCGUGAAGUUAGACAGGGUUCAGAACCUCUUUUUGUAACAACGAAUCAUGUAAAUGAUUUUAAUCGUACUAGAGAUACGCGUAGUGUAGAACCCGUCGGACAUCCCGAGAAAUUUCAAGGCAAACCACCUUCAGGUAAAUGGGGUGGUACAAAAGAUAGUUUGCCAAAAAAUAUAAAAAUAGAACAUUUACCACCUAGAUUACAGAAAAAAUAUCUUAUCGAUAAUGGUUUACCAUUACCACCAAGUUCAUCACCUUCAGAAGAAGCAUGGAAUAGUAGUAGUAUCACUUUUCAGGCAUCAUCAAAUUAUAAUUUUCCACCUGCAAUGCAACACUCACAAACUAUGCAAAAUUUACCUCCAUCUGGUCCAUUACCUCCACAAUCUAGCUGGUCUAACACAGUUCCAGCACGAAGUAGAGGCAGAGGUAGACUUAGACCAGAAGACUUAGAAACUUCAACUAACAUUUUUAGGUGUGUUACACCUGAUCAGUAUUCAGCUCCAAGUUCCAGAUCUCAUACGCCAAGCCAAGAGUACAUGCAAAGGUCCUAUGAUCGUCGUGGUAGUAAUAGCACUAUGUAUACUAGUAUGGAAAGUUUAAGUCGCGCUGAUAGCUCAAUGAUGCCACCACCGUCGUCGGCGUCACCCGUUACUUCAACAUCUAAUACAAAUAAACGUCAAAAUUCUCCAGAAAGUCAUCGUCGAGGAGUAUCUCCACCUCCGGCUUCUCAUCGUCCUCAAACGCAACGCCUUAGUACUAAUGCGAUCGAGCGCAGUACCUCACAGGAGAAUAAAAAUGAUCAAAAUUUAGGAAUUAGCCUAUCUAAAAGCGAGUCCGUUAAUACAGGAUCAAAUACAUCUGUUGAACAUCCAUUUGAUUGGAAUGAGGAGGUUGAAUUAACCGAAAAGCUAGAAGCCGAACGUGCCAGUCGUAGCUCUUCUGUGCUAAGCUUACGUGAAAACGUUAAUGUACCAGGAAAUGAAACUACAACAGGUGGUCACAGUCGACGUAAAAAAAAAAAGCGUGAGAAGAAGUACGCAGCAGACCGAGGCAGGAGCAAUAGUAGAGAUAAAGCUCGAGUUAACAGCCGUGAUCGGCAAAAUAAUCAACAAAAUAGGGAGAAUGAUAACUACAAUAACAAUCAAAAGAAUAGUAGUAGUAGAAGAUAUGAUCAUAGAAGACAUCGCAAUAUUAUACAACGUAGUCGAGAAUCUAGUAAAGAUAGAAAUUAUCGAGGGGGUAAUCGGAAUUUCGAUGACCUUCAUAGACAUAGAUUAUCAUCUGAUCGUUAUUUAGAUGAAAAUUGGAGAACAGGUAGAAAAAUGUCAGCAUGUGAGUCUGACGAUGGACGACAGACACCUAAUGUUUCCUCUUACUCUAUUCCUUUAUCGAAUACAACUUUGAAUUUGGCAACGCAUCAGACAUCACCUAGUGGAUAUAGUAACUCACAACCACCAGGUGUUUUAGUGUUACCCGAUACUGGCCAAUCGCCGCCUAGUCAUUCAGUUUCAAGGCAGCAAGUUCAACAGCAAAGAACAUUAUUUGAUCCCAACAAUCCUAAUAAACCUAUCGUUGUUACUUCACCUAGUAGUAGAGCUGCGGUGCAAAGAGAAAGCGAUACUAUGACUCAAAGUUCGACUGUACCAGUGUUUCAAUCCCAUGGAGGCAUUUCUUCUACGCAUCAUAGCUUCCAGGGAGCACACUUGGAUGGUGUACCACCACCAUAUAUGACAAAUGACCAAUUUGGUAAUAUAAGACCAUCGUGGUACGACCCUUAUUCAGAUAGUUUCCGAUUAGCCAAAAAUCCUUACUUACUUUUGGACAUAGAACGCGCCGAUUUAGAAUUGCAAUGGAUAUUAAGUUCUGGUGGUUUUACGUCAAAUUGGGAGAGAGUUUUGUACAUAAGGCACUUUCUGCAAGAAAGCUUAAAAACUUUGCUCGAGACUGAUAUCAAAUUUUGUCAAGCUGAGAACGUUGAGCAACACUUUUGGAAGAUACUUUUUUACAACAUGAUCGAGAUGCUACGUAAAGGCAUGCCUAAGGAAAAUCCCGAAGGUCGUGAACAUUACAAAAAGAUAAUGUUGAAAAUUAUCGAUGAGGGUACCCUGUAUUUAGAGGGUUUGUUAACUGUUCUUGAAACCAAGUACGAAUUCAAAUUGGACACGUUUCUUGCGUCAUCAACGUUGCCUAAGGGUCUUGGUAUCUUAGGUUUAGCUUUAGUAAGUGCCCAGAAAAUAUAUUUGUUUUUGGGUGAUUUGGCAAGAUAUAGAGAGCAAGCAAAUGAGACGAAUAAUUACGGAAAAUCUAGACAAUGGUAUUUGAAAGCACAACAACUUAAUCCAAAGAACGGGAAACCUUACAGUCAACUCGCGCUAUUGGCUCAUUAUGCUAGACGAAAAUUGGACGCGGUAUAUUAUUACAUGCGAUCUCUAAUGGCAUCCAAUCCUCUACAUUCUGCGAGAGAGAGUUUAAUAGCACUUUUCGAUGAAAAUAGAAGAAAGUAUCUACAUUAUUAUGAAUCCACGGAACGGAAACGAAAGGAGGAGAGGGAAUGGAAGGAAAGGGCCAGAAUGAAAGAAAAAGAAGGAGCAAAUAAUAUUGGAGGAGGUUUGAGGAGAGAAAUAUGGAUUCAUCCUGGUGGAAGACGUGUUCGUCGUACAACUACUGCAGCCACUGCCAAUGAAGCGAGGCUAUCUCAUAGUGAUUUAGAAGAAUUGGCACAACUAAGCAGUGUCGAGGUGAAUAAACGAUUUGUUACAUCCUAUCUUCACGUCCAUGGGAAGCUGAUCACCAAAAUAGGGAUGGAGACGUUUCAAGAGGCUGGUGUUCAGAUGCUGAAAGAGUUCAGAGCGCUUCUUCAGCAUUCGCCUCUACCACUUCCUGGGACGAGACUUCUUCAGCUACUCGCCUUGAACAUGUUCGCCAUCGAGUCGACGCAGCUGAAGGAUUCUCAAAUGGAGCAGGGCUACCGGUCCGAGGUCCAAGAAAGGGCACUGGUCGUAUCCUUGCAGAUGUUCAAUCUGAUUUUAGAACGUGGCGUGUCCUUGUUGAAGUCUCAGUUGGACAGCAGCGAAGAACCGAGGAUGGUUGUUAGCGAGGACAUGCAAGUCCUUUUACCAGCUAUCAAGAUUUGGUGCGAUUGGAUGCUCUGUCAUAGCACUGUUUGGAAUCCACCACCAUCCUGCACGGAUUACAGAGUUGGCCCGGCUGGAGACGCCUGGAGCAGAUUAGCUACGUUGGUGAACUUGCUGGAAAAAUUGAAUUACACCAGGACGAUACUGAUUCAGCCGAAGGAUGCAGAGGGUCGAGAGGAUGAGCUCGAGUUGGUUAAGUUGCCGGAGGAUGUGACCCUGGCAGGAUUCACACCUCUCAUGUCGAAUCCUCAGGAUCCGUGCUACAUCGAAAAGAACGAAGAUAUGGAAGUUGCUCAAGUAUGCCUCAGGAUAAACAAGAUUCUGUUCUUUGGCCAAGUGUUUCUGUGUGGCCUCGAAACCCCGGUGCUGAAGUUGCAGAAAAGCGAGACCGGUGUCAGUGAAUACGUUUCUGUGGUCGAAGCAUCCAGCACCAGUACCCCGAGUUCACCCCCUGAACAGAGCGACUCGGAGCUUCUGGUAGAGAGUUACAGCGAGGGUGAGGAUGAACCAGCUUCUACCCUGAGGAGAUUACCCUCGUGCACAGACGUACCUGACGAUAAUACCGCGCCUGUGGCCGCAGUUGAGAUAAGGUCGCUGAUCGAGAGGAAAGAGGAGCUGGAGAGGCGGCAACGGAAACAGGAUCGUCAUCGGCAACGAGUACAGCAAAUUUUGCAGAAUUCAUCAGUCUCCGUGGAAAUCGAAGUGAGACCGAGGCAAUUGGUUCCAGACACUAAUUGUUUCAUCGACUAUCUGCCACAGUUGCAAAAUAUCACGAAGGCAACCUCUGGUGCACAACCGAUUUAUACGCUUAUGGUGCCGCUUGUGGUUCUGAACGAGCUCGAGGGUCUAGCGAGGGGUGCCGAUGCCAGGGACUGUCCUCCAGCUUCGAGGGCGACUUUGGACCCAGAGCACGUGGCCAGGGUGGCUGAGAGCGCCAAGGUGGCUCUGGCCUUUGCUAGAAGCAGAAAUCCAGCGAUCAGAUGCUUAACGACCAGAGGAACUGUCCUUACUUCUAGUACAUUCACCGUGGAAGAGGAUGUUGACAAGGACGGGCUGACAAGAAACGAUGACAGAAUACUGGCUACGUGCUUGAGCCUCUGCAAGGCGGCCAACAAAGAUCAAGCGAAUGCAGAUGUAAACGAAUCAAUACCUUUGAUUCGAGCAGAAGAGGGUCAGCCAAGACGACUGAGAAGGGAAGUGGUCCUAUUGACAGAGGACAGGAACUUAAGGGUGAAAGCUUUGGCCAGGGACGUUCCCGUAAGGGAGGUUCCCGACUUCAUGCAAUGGGCCGGUCUCGGCUGAGAUUUUUAUUCGACCAAACACACCCGUUAACGAAAAAUCUCCCGUUAAACCCCCCCGCCGAGUAAACUUGACCAGCAACAGCAACCAGCAUCACCAUCGACGCGAAUAAAACGGAGAUCGUGGAAGGAAAAAAGAGGAGGAUGUGUUGUCUCGUCCUUCCGGAUGUUCAUCGUGUGCUUCUCCCCCAAGUAAAACGUGGCCGAUCAGCUGUCACGCGCGUGCGACGGAUCUUCCGUUCACGUAAGUUCGUCCUAAUUGUCGAGGUCGUGCCUCUUUUUUCAUGGCCACGCGUUCCUUUCUCGGCACGGCGAGGAUACCAGAAACGAGCGGAUUAAUCGCUUCGUCGCGUUGUUUUAUCCACGAUGAAUCGGCGGAGCUAGCGAGGGCGAGUCGAGAACCGUAAAGAGGGGACCGCGCGGAUUCGCGCGCGAGUAUUCUCGUGAAAUCUUUUAAACCAAGCUUCUCCAUCGAAAGCUGUAGACGAAAAUUGGGAACGGAAGUUACUUUGGAGCAUGGUAAGGAACGAUGGAAGGCGUUUAGGCAGAAAACGCGUGUAGGGUUUCGAGGGAGAUAUCGAAGGAACAAGGUGAUCGGAUCGAUGAGAUACGAUGGAAAGGAUAGAGAAAGAAUAAAAAGGAGAAUGAUAGGUAGAUAAAUAUAUAGAUAGAUUAAAUAGAAGCGUCGGUAUUUUUACACACGUGAAUAUUUUUUGGUUGAUUUUUAUCGAUGACGACCGCCACCAACGCGGCCGGCUUCAUUUUUGUGUACCUUCCUUUUAUCAUGUUUGUAACAAUCUAUACACACACGUAUAUAUAGAUAUAUAUAGAUAUAUAUAUCUACAUGUAUAUAUUUGUACGCACUUUUGAAUAUUGUAUACGCCGUAUGCGGUCGUUGGAGGAUGCGUUCGGAAUCCGGCUUGUGUUCUUUGCCUUUCAUUUCGCUUCUCUCUUUUUUUUUUCUUUCCCUUUUCUUUUUCUUUUCGGUUUUAUCGUGCCGUCCUUAGCGAGAGACUCGUACCGAAGCGUUCUUUUGGAAUUAAUUUUUCUUUCUCCUUUCUCCUUUUAUCCUUCGCCGCCUCCAGCCUCCAUUUCUCCGACAAUGACCAUCUCGCGCGGCUAGCUGUUGCUUCUUUUCGAAAUAUUUUCCUUCUAUUUUUUACGUAAUUUCCAAUUCUCUUUCGAUGCCUUUAUUUUAUGUCAUUGUUUUCCUUUUAUUUUUAUAGAGAUUUUUUUGUAACACCUUGCGAAGAUUUUGUUAAAUUAUUCAUUUUACAAAGAUUUGUUGAUUUUAUUCUGUAAAGGCAUUGCUAAUUUAAUUAUUCAUCAAGAAAAUGAUAAUUUUUAUCGAUUUUGUUUUUAAGUAUUUAAAUAUUUUAUUCGCAAGGUAUUACGAGAGGAAUUUAUACUAGGUUUUUUUAUAGCAAUUUACGCACGACGAGGAUACAUUUUUACAGCACAAAUUGUGAUCGUUUCAAGUGGAGCACCACGGACACAAAUCAGUUGUGUGCUUCUGCAUUUUCAGUUAACUUCGUAAGUUCGAGCCAUCAAUAUGGGAUCUCGAAUCCUCGUCGUUUUCCAGCGACUGCGAGCGUUUUCUUGUCGAGCAUGCUGCGAUCGUCAGUUUUUUAAUCGACACACUUGCACGCGUCAGAAUAAACGAGAUAGAGACAGUUCUUUUCGAUGAUAAAAUAGCCAUUUUGUGUGCCAACUUGGUUAAAUUUGAAUACUUUAAAAAUCAAUCUAAUAGACAGAAAUCUAUUUUGGAAUUUGUAGUGUCACUUUCUUAAUUGAAUUUGUGUGAUUUAGUCAAUUAAAUAGAUAUUUCCUUCUUGUCCCACUUUCAUUGAUUAAAUGUCAUUUUAUCAAUCAAGUUGAUACUAUUUUGUACAACAAAUCGGUGUUAACCUUAUUAGUUAAAAUUAUCAUUAAUUGAUGAAAUUGAUGCUAUUUAUAUUGACCAAAUAGCCACUAUUUUAUUAUUUUAUUGACACAAUGAAUUUUACAUUUUCAUAAAUAAAUUUUUGUAUUAUUGAUUAAAUUAACAAGAUUUUAUUAAUCAGGCUGGCACAAUUUCUGUUGAACGAGAAUGGUUUGAUUGAUAAAUUAUCCAAUCAAUUGUCUUCUCGUGAAAUGGAAAAGUAAUUAGAAACGCUUUUCAUUAGCUUCAAUUCAGAUAAAACAUUAGAUUACCUUCAGAUUUCUCGGUGACGAUCCUUAGCAAUCUCUAUUUUCCUUUCGUUCCAUUAGUACCUCCUGUGACCCACAAUUUCUCUUUAAAAUCCUCGAUAUUAACACUAGCCGCAAACGAUCUUAAUUAAUCGAAUGGUACGCAAAGAAUAGAUAUCUCAGUAUCGCACUCAUGCUUAUAGCUCUUCAACCUCAUAAUUAGAUGCACCUUAUAAUGAAUCAUCACCUUCGAUUAAAUAAGUAAAACAAAAAUAAUAGAAUUACGUGAAGUUGGUUAAAAAACAAUUAUUGUAGGAUACAGAGGGUUAACACGUUGA